AUUUGAGUCUUUGGGUUUGCCGUCCAUGAUCGUAUCCACAUAUAGAUACAGAUUGCUAGAUGCUUCUCUUUCUUGUCACAUGGUACUACGUAAUAUUAAUCAAAAAUCCUAGGCGGACAUCUAUAGAGUAUAGAUACGGCACAGCCUGUAGCAUUUUGGAGCGCGACCGUACCUAUACAACUGCUAUACUUCAGAAAUUUGGGCAUCCCAUGAGAGUUGACCAUCUGUUCUUCCUUCAAGAUCAACUCCUUUGUGGUUUGUGCUACGAUUACGAACAAGAUGCUUCAUAAAUUGUAGUGCUAUUACCGCCUCAAUUCUUAAGAGAGAUCAAGAUGGUGUAUCGAGCAUAUGGAAUUAGUUGAAGCUAACUGGUAUACUCAGACAACACCCAGUACUUUGCUACUCUACUUUCAGUAAGAUGGACCUUCGAGAAAGUAGGGUGACAGAAAUGAUCAAAGGGGAUGACAAAUCAAAGUGGAUAUCAUAUAGCAAUCAUAACAUAAAAUGCUUUACAGAAGAUGAGAUGAGAAGAGUUACCAGUAACUAUGGAACUAUCCUCGGAAAAGGCAACUUCGGAGAAGUUUACAAAGGUGUUCUCCAAGACGGAAGUUUGGUCGCAGUCAAGAGAUUUGUGAGUAAUGUGGAAGACAAUUUUGCAAAAGAGCUGAAAGUCCACUGUGAAAUCAACCACAAGAAUGUAGUUAGGCUCAUAGGCUACUGUGCAGAGGAAAACGCACUAAUGAUAGUCACUGAGUAUAUAUCUAAAGGGAGCCUUGAUGAUGUUCUUCACCAUGAUGGCAUUCACAUUCCUUUGGAUACAAGACUGCGGAUCGCAGUGGAGUGUUCAGAGGCAUUAUGCUAUAUGCAUUCACAAAUGUAUACUCAAGUCAUUCACAGUGACAUCAAGCCUGCCAACAUACUGUUAGAUGACAAUCUCAAUGCAAAAAUAUCUGACUUUGGAAUAUCAAGACUUGUCAACACAGACGCGACCCUGUUCACUGAGCAUGUAAUUGGGAGCAUAUGUUACAUGGACCCUUUGUUUGCUAGGUACGGGCGUCUCACCCCAAAGAGUGAUGUUUACAGUUUCGGAAUCGUUCUGCUUGAAUUGAUUACAAAGAAAAAGGCAACGGCAAGAAAUGGGGAAAUGGGCAUUGUAGAAUGCUUCACCCAAGCUCUUGGAACAGGGAUCAGAAGGGUGAGAGGGCUGUUUGAUGUUGAAAUCUCAAGCCAGAACAACAUGAAGGUUCUUGAAGGUGUUGCAAAGUUAGCAGAAGAAUGUAUGAGGAUGGAACUGGAUAGACGCCCUGAGAUGGUAGAUGUGGCAGAGCGUCUUCGAGCGCUUAGGAAAACACAAGUUCAAGGAAAACAAAAGCUAACUAUUUUUCCUUGGGGAUGGAAGAAACAGCCAGCAACUGCAAACAACUCACAAUCUUCUAGCUUGGAACACCCGCAUACCAGUUCAAAGAGCAACAAUGUUAAAGAUCAUGCUAAUGCCACUUCUGGAAACAGAAUGCAAUCAAGAAGAGAUGACCCUGCAGCUGCAGCAAGUGCCAAGAAUGCAUCAGGUUCGAACGAUGGCACGAAAGUCACGACAGAUAUUGGAAAGAAGGUGGCUGAACCUUUUUAUGUCCAGAUCAGCAGUGGUAACAAUGCAGCGUUCAAGGAGCUCUCACUUAAGCCUGUAGUUGCUGAGUGGCCAGCUUGGCUCGCGAAUGUGGCUCCUAAAGCGAUAGAAGGCUGGUUACCUCGGCAAGCUGAUUCAUUUGACAAAAUAGACAAGAUUGGACAAGGAACUUACAGUAAUGUGUAUAGAGCUCGAGAUCGCGAAACAGGGAGGAUUGUCGCACUAAAAAAGUUGCAGUUCAACAGCAUGGAUGCUGAAAGUGUGCGCUUUAUGGUUAGACAAAUCCUUGUUCUUCGUAGGCUGGAUCAUCCAAAUAUCAUAAAGCUUGAAGGGCUUGCAACAUCUCAUGUGUCGCAAAGGCUAUAUCUUGUUUUCGAAUACAUGGAACAUGACCUUGCUGGUCUUAUUGCAACUCCAGGCUUCAAACUCGCGGAGCCACAGAUAAAGUGCUUCGUUCAGCAGCUGCUUCAUGGCCUUGAUCAUUGCCACAAGAACGGAGUCCUGCAUCGAGACAUCAAAAGCUCCAACCUCUUGAUUGACAGCAAUGGAACACUGAAGAUUGCAGACUUUGAGUGGGCUAUAUCUUAUGACCCCAAUAAUCCGCAACCACUAACUAGCCAUGUUGUGACAUUGUGGUACAGAUCACCAGAGCUUUUGCUUGGUGCCACAGAGUACGGUGUUGCUGUAGAUAUGUGGAGUACAGGGUGUAUUGUUGCAGAACUGUUUGCUGGCAAACCAAUCAUGCCUGGAACAACUGAGGUGGAGCAAAUUUACAAGAUCUUUGAGCUCUGCGGAUCGCCCGCGCAUGACUAUUGCAAGAAAUCAAAGGUGCCAGACACAGCAAUGUUCAAGCCUCAGCGACAAUAUAGGCGGUGUGUAGCUGAGACUUUCAAAGCUUUUCCUCCUUCAGCUGUAGUUCUCAUAGACUCCUUGCUUUCGUUAGAACCACAAGUUCGUGGAACAGCUUCCUCAGCUCUUCAGAGUGAUUUUUUCAGGACAGAGCCACUUGCUUGCGACCCGUCAAGCCUACCAAUGCGUCCAUCAUGGGAAGAUUAUGAUUUUAGACUCAGAGCAACUCCUUGCAGACGAGGAGCACAAUCUUUCAAAACAGGAAAUGAAAAUCAUGUUACCAGUCGUGCUGCUAAUGGUGCAGCCCAAUCGAAGGAACACGUAAAGACCAGUUCAAAGUGCAAGAAUGUUAAAGAUCAUGCUAAUGCCACUUCUGAAAACAGAACACAAUCAAGAAAAGAUGUCCCUGCAGCUGCAGCAAGUGCCAAGAAUGCAUCAGGUUCAAACGAUGGCUGCCCGAUAGUCACGCCAGAUAUUGGAAAGAAGGUGGUUGCACCUUCUGAUGUUCGGAUCAGCAGUGGUAACAAUGCAGUGUUCAAGGAGCUCUCACUUAAGCCUGUAGUUGCUGAGUGGCCAGCUUGGCUCACAAAUGUGGCGCCUAAAGCAAUAGAAGGCUGGUUACCUCGGCGAGCCGAUUCAUUUGACAUAUUAAACAAGAUUGGACAAGGAACUUACAGUUAUGUGUAUAAAGCUCAAGAUCGCGAAACAGGGAGGAUUGUUGCACUAAAAAAGGUGCAGUUUAACAGAACGGAUUCUGAUAGUGUGUGCUUUAUGGUUAGACAAAUCCAUGUUCUUCGGAGACUGGAUCAUCCAAAUAUCAUAAAGCUUGAAGCGGUUGCAACAUCUCGUGUGUUGUAUAGCCUAUAUCUUGUUUUUGAAUACAUGGAACAUGACCUUUCCGCUCUUGUAGCAACUCCAGGCCUCAAACUCACUGAGCCACAGAUAAAGUGCUUCGUUCAGCAGCUGCUUCAUGGCCUUGAUCAUUACCACAAAAGCGGAGUUCUGCAUCGAGACAUCAAAAUCUCCAACCUCUUGAUUGACAGUAAUGGAACACUGAAGAUUGCAGACUUUGACUGGGCUAUAUCUUAUGACCCCAAUUAUCCACGAUCACUAACUAGCCAUGUUGGGACAUUGUGGUAUAGACCACCAGAGCUUUUGCUUGGCGCCACAAAGUACGGUGUUGCUGUAGAUAUGUGGAGUACAGGGUGCAUUAUUGCAGAACUGUUUGCUGGCAAACCAAUCAUGCCAGGAAGAACCGAGGUGGAGCAAAUUUACAAGAUAUUUGAGCUCUGCGGGUGGCCUGCGGAUGACUAUUGCAAGAAAUCAAAUGUGCCAGAAACAGCAUUGUCCAUGCCUCAGCAACAAUAUAGGCGGUGUGUUGCUGAGACUUUCAAUGCUUUUCCACCUUCAGCUGUACUUCUCAUAGACUCCUUGCUUUCUUUAGAACCGCAAGUACGUGGAACAGCUUCUUCAGCUCUUCAGAGUGAUUUUUUCAGAACAGAGCCACUUGCUUGUGACCUUUCAAGCCUGCCCAAACUUCCACCAAGCAAAGAAUAUGAUGAAGAGCCACUGAGGCAACAGGUAGCUAGCUUCUUUUUUCGUGUGGAAAAUGGAAGAGGAAACUAAGAGACGAGGAGCAGAAUCAUUCGAACCAGGAAAUGAGAAUCAUGUAACCAGCCGUGCUGCCCAAUUGAAGGAACACGCACAUACCAGUUCAGAGAGAAAUAGUUUGAAGUCCAUCUGCCCUGGCGCGGUGUCACCGCGGCGGGAUAGCACAGGGCAUGUUUGGUUUGUAGACGAUGAUUGUGAAUGAAGUGAAUCUUCCAUCGGAAAUGCCGUUCGGCGCUUGUGGUCGCUCGUUGUCCCAUCCAACGGAUCCGCGCCAACGGCCAUGUAUUGCCUUACGUCUGUGUGCCCACAUUAUCUCCUACUCCGUAUGAAGGAGUAAAAUGAACGCUCAGUCCAUAAACUUGAGUAGCAUGUGCAGAUUGGUCCUCAAACUCAGCAAUGCGACUGCUGAGGAGUUAAACUUUUUUAAGUGACUAAUAUACUUUUUUCCAUCCUCCUUCCUUACGGGUAUGACUAUGACAAAAUUGGACCUGAAAA